GGCAUGAUUCAUGAUGUAGGCAAAUAAUCUGUUAGCGUGGCGGCUAAAGUUUUUGUGUGUCUCCGCCACCGCCACCGCCACCUACCCCGCACUGUGUGAUUCUUCCAUGGCACUUACCUCGUGCUUAUCCCUUCCAAACACUCCCACCUUCUCUGCUUUCACCCAACUAUACUCUUCCUCUCACCAUUUCCUUUUCCACCCACAAUUUAAGUCUCUCUGGGGCCCAGAAGCGCGGCCCGUGGCGGCCCAUUUGUGUAACCGAAAGAAGGGAAGGUCGAGGAAGCUUAGUUCGUUGAGCGAAGGAGUGAGUGGGAGUGUAAAUGAAGAUAGCUACCAUGGGUCCAUGGAGGACAAACAAUUCGUGCGUUCGUUCCGCGAGGCCUGGCCUUACUUAUGGGCCUAUCGUGGCAGCACUUUUGUUCUCAUUAUUUCCGGUGAAAUUGUCUCUAGUUCUUUCUUGGAUCCCGUUCUCAAGGAUAUAGCUUUCCUUCAUCACCUAGGAAUCCGCUUUGUUAUUGUUCCGGGUACACAUGUGCAAAUAGACAAGCUUUUGAAAGAGAGAGGGUGCAAGCCUAAGUAUGUUGGUAGAUAUAGGAUAACUGAUGAUGAAUCUCUAGAAGCUGCAAUGGAAGCAGCCGGAGGAAUAAGAUUGAUGAUAGAAGCAAAACUUUCUCCUGGACCUUCCAUAUGCAAUAUUCGUCGACAUGGUGACAAUAGUCGUUGGCAUGACGUUGGUGUCAGUGUUGCCAGUGGUAACUUUCUUGCAGCCAAGAGAAGAGGGGUGGUCAAUGGAAUUGAUUUUGGGUCAACUGGGGAAGUUAAAAAAGUAGACGUAUCUCGCAUGCGUGAGAGACUUGAUGGUGGUUGUGUAGUUAUUUUAACCAACUUGGGCUACUCCAGCUCUGGAGAAGUAUUAAAUUGCAAUACCUAUGAAGUUGCAACAGCUUGUGCCUUGGCUAUAGGAGCAGACAAACUUAUAUGCGUUAUAGAUGGUCCAAUACUUGAUGAGAGUGGACGCCUAAUUCGUUUCUUGCCUCUUCAAGAAGCAGACAUGUUAAUUCGUAAACGGGCUGAGCAAAGUGAAGCAGCUGCUAACUAUGUGAAAGCUGUUGAUGAAGAAGGUUUCAACUCUCUUGAGAAUGGAAGUUUUAAUGGGACAGUCAAAUCUCCACCUAUUGGACGUUUUACAGAAUGGCAUAAUGCAACCUUCAAUAAUGGCAUUGGUUUCGAUAAUGGAAAUGGCUUAGGGUCUGGUGAGCAGGGUUUUGCUAUUGGAGGUCAAGAGCGGCUCAGUCGAAUGAAUGGCUACCUUUCAGAAUUGGCUGCUGCAGCUUUCGUUUGCAGAGGUGGUGUUCAAAGAGUUCACUUGUUGGAUGGAACUAUUAGUGGAGUUUUGUUGUUGGAAUUGUUUAAAAGAGAUGGGAUGGGAACAAUGGUGGCUAGUGACCUUUACGAAGGUACUCGGACAGCAGAGGUGAAAGAUAUUUCUGGAAUAAAACAACUUAUUCAGCCUUUGGAGGCAUCUGGAAUAUUGGUUAAGCGGACUGAUGAAGAGCUGUUACAAACAUUGGAUUCAUUUGUCGUUGUGGAAAGAGAAGGUCAAAUAAUUGCUUGUGCUGCCCUUUUCCCCCACUUGGAGGAGAAACGCGGAGAAGUUGCUUGCAUUGCAGUAUCUCCUGAUUGUCGUGGCCAAGGGCAGGGUGACAAAUUGCUUGAUUAUUUGGAGAAGAAAGCAUCAUCUCUUGGAUUGAAUAUGCUUUUCCUGCUUACAACACGUACAGCAGAUUGGUUUGUGAGACGUGGGUUUUCAGAAUGUUCAAUUGAUUAUAUUCCUGAAAAGAAAAGGAGAAUGAUCAAUCUUUCCCGCAAUUCUAAGUAUUAUAUGAAGAAGCUCCUACCAAAUAAAAGUGGAAUUACUGUUGAUGUAAAAUCUGCUUCAAGUUAGCAAAAUUUUAUGUUGUUUUAUAUUAGGCACUUCUAUAGAUAGUAAUCUCGAAAAAGUAUGGUAUCUGCUAUUAGUAUCUCUGGCAGAGUAUGAAUACGAAAUUUGUAUCUUGUGUUCUACUUUUCAACAUUAUCAAACCGUUAUUGAGUUGUAAUUAUAACAGGAGAGCAAUUUUUUAUUUAAAAAAAAUCGUAAGUGUCGAAUUUUUUGAG